AUCAAAUAUGAGUUCUUAUAUGAAAAAGAGCAGUGAGCUUGAAGAGUUGAAGAUCGAACUCAACUCUCUCAAAGUUGAUGAGCAAAAGGAAGCAGUGAAACAGGUCAUUGCCAUGAUGACCAUUGGCAAGGAUGUCAGUGGGCUCUUCCCACAUGUGACAAAAUGUAUCCUUAGUCCCUCCAUUGAGCUAAAGAAGCUGGUGUACUUGUAUAUCAUUAAUUAUGCCAAGAGCAAGCCUGAUCUUACCUUGAUGGCUGUUAGCGCAUUCACAAAGGAUGCUCAUGAGAAAAGCAAUCCUUUGAUUAGAGCAUUGGCCGUGCGAACUAUGGGCUGCAUAAGGAUAGAAUAAAAAUCGCAACAUACUUGUGAGAAUCUUUAAAGGAUUGUCUGGUA